AUGACGAGCACUACUUCAGUAUCAAUCUAUAUCGGUCACGUUGGCCAACAGACGAACACCAGGGGUAGUAAUCGUAAUAAUAACACAAACUCUAUCGCCUCACUGAAAGCAGCGACGACUUCAGCUACUGGAACAACUGAUCAGCUGAUCAAUUCACUCUGUCGUACAUCAUCCUUAGCCAGAUAUCAAUAUCGAAAUGAUGAAGGGGUUUCAAAUAAGUCGAACCAACAUCAUCAGCAUCAGCAACGUUACAAUCCAACUCCAGAUCCUUCACACUAUCCCACAGAACAGUCGAACUACCAUGAUACUCUCCCAUGUGUGUCAACUCUACAACUGACUUCUGAUAGUAAAUCGUCCUCACUAAGUAAGGAAAGUGGUGGACGAAAAAUAUUGGUUACUCAACGGGUAGAGAUGUUACUGCUGAUGGUGGUGACUAAAUUGAAAGUCAAAAAUUAUCAGAUUGUUUCAUUGACCUCUGAUGUUAAAUUAAGGCAUUUUGGUACACAGUUGAUAUGCUACAGGACUCAUUUCAGCCUGAAACGACUUGUCAAUCCAGCACAAGAUGCUCAGCGCCGUAAGGAGAACUGCCUGACUAUUUGGAUACAAGAAGCAAAGGGAUUAAGUGGAAAAAACAGGUAUUAUUGUACAAUUCAUGUGAAUGGUACCAUCUGUGCACGGACAACAGUCAAGCAAAUGACUGAUAUGCUGUUCUGGGGUGAAGAAUUCGACCUAAGUGGUCUUACAGAAUGUUCCGAAUUGACAAUCCAGAUAUGGAAGGCUGAUUCCGCUUCAUUGCAUCGUCAUCAUACGAGUUCACCACAUCGGCUGUCAUUAAAUCGUCGCCAUCGUCAUCAUCAUCAUCAGCAAGUAAACACCAGUCCCCCACCGAUGCAUGACUUGUCAAUCAUUCCUACGGACAACAACAAUAAUAAUGACAACAACAGUGAAGUGCGUUCAGGACAAAAGCGUCGUAAGUUCAAGUCGUCAAAAGUCUCCAAGUCUUCUCUAGUGGCAACAGUCAACAUUUGCCUAUCAGACAUUUCAAAUUCUGGUGAAGUGGAAGCUUGGUAUACUCCGCAGUCAAGUGAGGCAACAGGAUUAUGCAAUCGGUUAAAACAGGUGGACAAUCAAAAUUCCACCAAUGAAAUCCUUGUACAUAAAACCAAAUCAAGAGGAAAACAUUCAAAUCGUGAUGCCGACUCGAAUUAUAUACAAAUUCGUGUAAAAAUUCGUUAUCGUGCAUUGACUGUCCUACCGUUGUCUAGUUAUGCUCGUCUCCAAGCUAAUCUAUGCCGAUUUCAAAUGCCCACAACAAGUUACCUUCAAAAUGGUUUCAAGUUCAGCUCCAGUUCACCAAUAUCAACCACGUCCAAUAAACCUGAUUUAAUCCAACUGUUGUCCAGUUUAGAUCCAUGGUUGAAUGUUAAAGCAAAGGCUGAACUAGCCGGUUCUAUGGUUGUCCUACAACAGGCUCGUGGACAGGUCACUGAAUUCUUGACUAGUCUUAUUCUAUGCGAAGUGAGAAAACAGACUGAUCCAAAUAUGGUCCUACGCGCCAACAGUAUCGCUACGAAAGCUACCGAAAUCUAUUUACGUCUUGUCGGUGGUACAUAUCUAUCAAAUAUUCUCUCCGAUUUUGUACAGACUGUCAUCUACGGUCAACCGGUUAGUUCAACAACACCGACAUCACCAACAGCUCGUCACUAUCCAAUCGAUUAUGAAGUCGACAUAGCCAAAGUGCAUACAUCCUCGCAGCUGGCAGAGAAUCAGCUCAAUUUAUUAUGUCUAGUCGAAUCGGUAUGGAAGAAGAUAUUGGCCAGUGAAGGCGAAUUCCCUGAACAAUUCAGAACGUUGUUUGUAGAAAUCAGACAUCAUUUGGACUGUUCAAAGGAUACUAAUUCCCCGGUGAGUGACUGGAAGAACAACAAUACCAACAAGAAAGGUCAGUUGGAUGCAGUCAAUUCCAGUGUCAGUGGUACAUUGUGUGAACAUGUGAUCUCAGCUUGCCUAUUCCUACGCUAUAUAUGUCCAGCUAUACUCUCGCCUUCAUUAUUCAAUUUAACUCAAGAAUUCCCCAGUGAACCACGUGUUCUACGCGCAUUCACUCUGGUGGCUAAAACAAUUCAAACAUUGGCGAAUUUUAGUUUGUUCAGCGGUACAAAAGAAGCCUAUAUGAAGUUUAUGAAUCAAUUUGUAACCAGUCAACUUCCAGCUGUUCGACAGUUUCUCCAUUCAAUUUCAACCCCAGUUGCAAAACCGACUUCUUCACAGAAAUCCCUCAGCAGUACAGUUUUGAAAUCGAUCAAUUCCUUAUCAAAUAUCUGUAACAACAAUAACGGUUGUCAUGGUAAUACGGAUAGUAACAAAUAUAUUAACACUUAUAACGGUUCUGUUCCACAUUCUUUGCAUAUGAUGAUUUCCGAUGAAAAUUUACUCAACUCUGCACUAUCUAAUUGUGGAAGAAGACAAGAUAACUCUUUGGAGACUCGUUUCAUCAACAGUAGUCAGUCAAACCAUGAAGGAUUUAUCGGGGAUACUUAUCGACUCAAGGAUUUUCUUCACCGGUCAAAUCAUUCACGUGGGUGUGAGAGUCCACGAGUUAUCAAUAAAUUGCAUAACUCAAAAUUCAGUAUGAAUGGUGAUUCUUCUGUGAAACCUCUCGGUGACGAAUCUUCAAGGCAUAAAACAUGCCACAAUACACCGACUGCUGUGAAUUCGAUUAUUUUACCUCCCCUUCCAACUGGUCAUCAGUAUGCUCCUCAUCUUGGCCUAAGGGAUCAUGUUGACCUGCCUUUAUGCUUAGCUCUGUGUCAUUUACAAUUGUCUGAAGCGAUUGAAAAAGUCCCCGAACAAAACAGACAGUCUAAUAUCAAUGAAUUGAAAUCAAUCUUAGAUGAAGUGAACACAUUUCUCGUCUCUGGUAAAGAUCCUCAGCCGAAUUGGUGGUGUACAAACCAACCGGCUAGCACUGCUGUUACUCUCAAUAACAUCGGGGGUACAAUUCCGACCAAUAACAUGUCAAACAUUCCCAAUUCGAAACCAUCGUCAUUGCCAUCAUCAUCAUCACCAUCUCCCAACGUCUUGUUAAAUAUGUCGCAGAUGAGUCUUCCCUGCAGUAACCAGCACCAUCAUCAAGCCUCGCUGGGGAAAUCUAAAUUAAUGAAUACCGCUGACUCCUCAGAUGGAACAAUUUCACCACAGUCCACAUCAAUUUCAUCAGCUACCAGUUUCAGUUCAUUUAAAAAUAUUGUUCUCUCUGAGACAAAGAAAGAUAAUCACUAUAGUAACAGUGGUAGUAAUAAAAAUCUGUGUAAAUCUACGACUGAUUCAAAUAUUGAACUCGUUGUAUCCAGAGGCCAUCAAAGCACUUCAGGUAUGCAAGAACGUGUAUUAAGUUACUACUUGUCCUCAGUAUCCGGAAAAAAAUCACCCAAUUCUAAAAGAUCUGUAGAAAUCAAAGACACCCUUCACCAUCACCCUGAGUCGAAUUCAAAGAUCGAUGGUCCUAAACGGAGACAUGAAACAAUUGUUAUAUAUCGUGAACCACAGGGUACAAUGAGUAGAACACAUGCCCACACCUCAAUGGACAAUUCAGUAAGAAUUGAUCAAUUCGCGCUUCGCAAUAGGCCAACAACAGAGGUAUCCAGCGAAACGAAUCCCCAGCUGCAGACUGAACAGUCUGCUUACCAUGGAAACAUUCUCUGCAAUGCAACUGUAGAUGGGAGCUCAUUUCCCCAGAUGAACAAUCCUCUAUACACUUGUCACGAUUCACCAACACUCAUGCAACAAAUUAAUCCCGUCACCAAUCCCAACAAUCCUGCGGAAUAUUUUGCUGACAAAAUUAUACUACUAUCAAAUACUUCAGUAGGCAGCAGUUCUCAACCGAAAAAUACCCCACAGGAACAGUCAGUUCGACGACAUACAUAUGUGAAUCUGUCAACUGCGCCUGAGACGAUGAAUAUUCUGACUGGCACAUUGAAAGACAGUCAUCCUUAUUAUCAAACCGGCCAGAGUACUGCUGUCAAUAAUGUGGAGUUGGAUAGGAGAAAUUGGGCACCACCUGUAUAUAUGUCCAUUGGACGGAUAAACAAUGAUGCUGGCGGCAGACACAAUGGUGCGUCUAAUGUGCACUACACUGAUCAAUUUAGCCUGUUGUCUGGGCAACAAGAGCUAUAUCGUAGUUCUUCGACACUGGAGACAGAAAUGCAACGAAUGCAAUUCAUUCCAAUAGACAUUCCACAUACUGUUGGUGCACCACCCAGUAAAAGGACUGCAUUGUUUCUACCAGAGACGAAUACACCAAUUCCAGGCGAAGAUUUUCGCAGUGAAUUAGAUGCUUCACAAGCACGUCUAGCUGAAGCUCAAGCACGUCUACUGGCCAAUGAAGCUGAACGUAUCCAUCUGUUGAGAUCAUGGCGAAGUGAGUUGAUCAAGCAGUCGCAUCUGUUGAAUGCAACCAACACCAAGAGUGGAGUUGGUGCCGCCGCCGUCAUAGGCUAUGAAAACACUCUGUCCACAGAUCCAGAGUACACAUCGAAUUACAAUUAA